AUGACCGACAUGAGUCGGUGGGAGCUCAGCCAGCGACACUACGAUGCGAAUUGGGGCUACCAGCACCCAGAGGCGCCCGUCUCGCCGCUUCCCUUUGCGUUCGCCGACCAGGCGGGCCUGACAGAGAGCUUGGGACAGCUGCAGCUUGGACGAGUCCCGAAGACGCGCACCAGCCCCGUCGUUACCCGCACAAGAAUUGCCCGCCAUGGCUCGCAACCCAACCCGGUGCGCCCGUCGAGCAGUGGAGGAGAGAACGUCAUGCUGCCCUACCGCCACUUCGGCCCGCCCCGGCGCGCAGAGUCGUACUCGCACCCCACGCCGCUCGAGGACUUCCGCCGCUCCAGACGAUGGCCGCCGAACGGAUACAGAAAGGACGAUGCCCUGAGCCCGGAGGAGGCAGACGAGCUGAUAUGCGCCGGAGCGUCUACAUUCAAGGGCUACUGGGACGAGAUACCCAACACGCCGCCAGGCUACAACCGCUUCUACGCCGUCAUGCAGUCGGAGCACCAGAGUAGGACCGACCGCGCCCCCAUCCAACAAGCCGCCUACCGGGGAGUCUCGCUGAAUAUGACUGGUGCCUCCGACAGCCAGUUUCCGUGGCUAUCCCUGGAGCAGCCUUGCAUGGCGUACGCGUUUGGGAAGAGCGCUGGCACGACCACGCUGAAUUACUGGGUUAGCAAGUCCAGCAACCGUGAACCUCCGAUCAAGCUCGCAGGCGAUGCGAAGCCUCGGAAAUUGAAGUUCCUUCAGAUAUUGGACCGCCUGCAGCAGCUAGAGAAUGGGCUUGAGGAAGAUGACCCUGAGGAGAUGUAUCGAUAUUUGUACAGCACACUGAUUGAGGACCCUGAGCGCUACAGCGACCACCCACAUACGGGCAUGGAGCAGCAGAUCACCGACCUCAUCACUGUGCUGGCGAACCCGAUGUGGAAAGACUUCUCAAACCCGAAGAACCAGGUCGUUGCCAAGUUCUUUGAUUCUCCUGAUCAGCACAAGAAGCAGGAAUUCUUCCAUCAGCUGCUCCUUUCUGUAGAGCUGUAUCUCCGCAUUCAUUCAAAGCAUCAUACCGACAAAGCCAAGCGGAAACUCAUGUUACAGCUGCCGCCCAUGAUUGCAUGGGAUCUUGCCGUUGCUCAGCGCUGGCUUGAAAACAUGACCAUCACCAAGUCGCGGACAUCUCAUAACCAGAGCACGUUCAGCUUUGAGCUGGGAAGUAAGCAGAGGCAAAAAGACGCCCUGCGGUUAUUUGCCGCGACGCUCAAAUGGCCCAACAUGGACGAGAUAGACUACGUGCUUGAAGAGAAGGAUAAGAAGGAGAAGCCGCUCGAAGAUCGCUCGGCAGAUGCCAUGUCCUGGUUUUCUGGAAUCAUCCUUCCCGGCAGGACGUUGCCUUGGCUUAUCAUGAACAGUUUGAUCGACUGUGACCGGGACACUGGAGACGCGCUCAAGUACCUGACCCACAUGCAAACCGCAGCGGGGUUUCAAUAUCGAGCGAACACGUACUGGUCCGCUCAGUGCAUCGUGGGUAAAGUCCUGGGAGCCGCAAGGGGUGUUAAACAAAUAGCAGGCUGGAUCGGACCCUGCAUCUAUACUCCGGAUCUCAAGCGCACCGAAUGCGCGCGAAUCAACCAGCAUGAACCUCUGGAACCCAGACUCACGCCGAAAGACGUCGAGCACAUGGAAAUUCGGACAAACCCGCUAGGCCCUACAGAGACAAGCUACCCGAUUGACGACUAUGAAGUGCCCAUGCCGGAUGUGGACGAGGUCACUGACCUGAUCAGGAUAGAAAAGCUUAGCUUCAUGCCUACAAGGGAGCAGCCAAGCUCGACUCGGCAAGUCCCAGGAGCGCCACUGGUGUUUGAUGCAGCGAUCUACUUUGCAUGCGGCGGCGAGAGCUGGCCAAUGAAAUUGCGCUACGACGUCGACUUCAUCAAUGCUUUCCCCUGCCAUCAAGGGCCCCACGUGCUCUUCUACGACUUCACAUAUGAAGCGGUCAAAAUAGACGACGGUUUAGUAGACAUCCACGACUGGGGCCGCCGGUCUGGUCGCAUUUCUCGGCCUUCAUCGUCUCGUUCGUCUCCUUCGAAGAAGUCGCUUGCUCUCACAUCGGCAAACGAACCCGCCCACUUACAGGUCACUAAAGUGCUUGCGAUCGAGGCUCUGGGUGUUAGCGACAACGAGGUGUUCGCGAGAGCUUGGUGCGCCCACCAUGGCCACAGUGCGAUCGUUGCAAACAUAAAAGAGACGUGCAUGGCGUGCGCGAUAAGGGAAGCGUAUGCCGCCUGUGUUUCGGUGGUUAUAUUCACGGAAGGAGGCAAAGAGACGGAAAAAGAUGAAGGCGUAUUUGAGUAG